CCAAUGGAUGCUCUGACCGGCAUCCUCGCGCACGGCACGAUCAAAUAGCUCUAUUCAAGAAGUGGGCCUUUUUUCUCUGUUACGAAAUGGACAUGACACCCUCAAUAUGCAUAACAGACUUUUCUGAAAAUAUACUUGACAAGUCUAUACACUUUAAAAUUAUUAGACUCGAGCAGAGUUUCUUUGUUUGGGUAGGCUCGAAGCCUAUGUUAUCAAAUAUGGCUGUGGCGAUGCCGGCAACUUAUGGGCAGAUCCCUGCUGUGUCGACUUUGUUUGGAGCUAAAUUGGAGCAGAUUUCUGAAUCUUUGGCACAAAAACUAGCCAAGAAAUACAAGUGCCAGGUGUUUGUCAGCUGCAGUGUGCCCUUUGACGCCAAUUUGUCAGUACUCAUAGAAAAGCGUCUCGCCCAGGAACUAAACCAGAUCUUUCCUUCAUCGUGAAUCGAUCCUGUGACCUAUAGCUGACCUAUUCCUGUGACCUAUAGCUGACCUAUUCCUGUGACCUAUUCCUGUGACCUAUAGCUGACCUAUUCAUGUGACCUAUAGCUGACCUAUUCCUGUGACCUAUAGUUGACCUAUUCCUGUGACCUAUAGCUGACCUAUUCCUGUGACCUAUAGCUGACCUAUUCCUGUGACAACUUGACCCACUAGCGUUGGUCACAAUUGUAUUUGGUUUGAACUGUUUGAUUGGAAAUCUUUCAUUUUAAAAAGAUGCGUUUUUGUUUCUGACCAAUGUUUAUCUCCAAAGAAAGCCAUCGCAAUCAUCUCACUGGAUGGGCAUGCUGGUAAAAUGACAUUCCGUAUGGACUUGGCAGAUGCUGUAACAAUGCUGCCCCGCAUCUGUUCCAUGACUCACAGUUAUGCAGUACAGCUCAUGUAUAUACUUUCCACUGUGACUAUGAAUGUAUGGAAAAAAAUGACCUAUUUUUUAUUGUUUGUUUCAUGUUCUGUUAUUGUUAAUUACCAUAAUUUUUUUAUUUUGAAUAAAUAAAUUUAACAAA